UUCUAUGACUCAGCCACAGCUAACAAAGAAUCGCGACUUCCCUCUCAGCAUUCUCAGGUACAACGAAGAAAACGCAUUAACAAAAGAGGAAGCACCAGCUCUGUGGUAGGGCAGACAUUUUACCCGAAGCAUCGGAGGGAGGAGUUGAGUAACCCCUUAUUUGGUUGUAAGGGAUCAUCACGUGGGCAACCGCGUCUGAACAACAGUUGUGAAAAAGUCAGAGAACUUCGCACUCUGGCGAGUCCAGGAGUUUUGGGGUGAGACUGAGAGAAAAAAAGACCUAAGAAAUAAAACAGAGCACAUGGUGUGAGGGAAAGAUGCCUACUAACUUUACCGUGGUGCCGGUGGAGGACACCCCAUUAUCAGACCUAGACUGUGAUGGAGAUGGACUAAAAGAAGAGGACAAGGAGGAGCCAGAAACGGUAGCAGGGCACUACUCAGGUGAUGAGACCCCCAGAGAAACCAGCUCCCUAAUAAGCACAGAUCAUGAUGACAGCACCUAUGGCAAAAAUAUGGCUCUCUAUGAGGAAGAGAUGGAUAGCACUCCAAUGGUGUCAUCCCUCCUCAACAAACUGGCCAACUACACCAACAUAACCCAGGGGGUCGUCGAGCACGAGGAGGCUGAGAGCGAGGAUGGGAUUCAGAGAGUCACUGUAAAUGGCCCUCAGAUGGGCACAUUUAUAGGAGUGUUCCUGCCCUGCACGCAGAACAUUCUGGGUGUGAUUCUGUUCCUGCGACUUACAUGGAUUGUGGGCACCGCGGGGAUCUUGGAGGCCCUUGCUGUCGUGUUCAUGUGUUGUGCUUGCACCAUGCUGACUGCCAUUUCAAUGAGUGCCAUUGCAACUAACGGUGUAGUGCCUGCUGGUGGCUCAUACUACAUGAUCUCCAGAGCAUUGGGCCCAGAGAUUGGAGGAGCAGUGGGCUUAUGUUUCUACCUGGGCACCACAUUUGCAGGUUCAAUGUACAUACUAGGAACCAUGGAAAUUUUUUUGACAUACAUCAUGCCCUCUGCUGCUGUGUUUGAAGCCAAUGAUCCAACCGGGAUGCAAAACAACAUGCGUAUUUAUGGAACAUGCUGCUUAGCCAUCAUGACCCUGGUUGUGUUUGUUGGAGUGAAGUAUGUCAACAAGUUGUCCUUGGUCUUCCUGUCCUGUGUGGUGCUGUCAAUUAUGGCCAUUUAUGCAGGAGUCAUUCAGUCAGCCAUCAAACCAUCCAGCUUUACAAUCUGUCUGCUAGGCAACCGCACCUUGCAACAUUUCGGCAAGUCUGGCAAGUUUGACAAGUGUCUGAAGAUGGAGGUCAUCGACAACAUAACCAAACCUACCGAGCUCUGGUACCAUUUUUGCAAUGGAACAUGUGAUGAAUAUUUCACCCUUAACAAUUUGACAGAGAUCAGUGCCGUUCCUGGCUUGCUCAGUGAUGCCAUAAAAGAAAACUUGUGGAGCCACUAUGGAGAAUACAGGACGACAGUGGAGAAGAAUAUUACUUCAGAGGCAGCUUCAUCUAGCGAGCCAGAGGUUUUAAACAGUUAUGUUGUCAAUGACAUGGCCACCUUCUUCACCCUCCUGGUUGGAAUCUACUUUCCCUCAGUUACAGGAAUUAUGGCUGGAUCCAACAGAUCUGGAGAUCUUCGAGACCCUCAGAGGUCUAUUCCCACAGGAACCAUCAUGGCUAUUGCAACCACCUCCUUCAUCUAUAUUUCAUGUGUAGUGCUGUUUGGAGCAUGCUUUGAAGGUGUGGUGUUACGGGACAAGUAUGGAGACUCGUUGAAUAAGAAUCUAGUUGUUGCAACACUAGCUUGGCCUUCUCCAUGGGUAAUUGUGAUCGGCUCGUUCUUCUCCUGCUGUGGGGCGGGGCUUCAGAGCCUCACCGGUGCUCCCAGAAUCCUUCAGGCUAUAGCGCGAGAUGGCAUCAUGCCAUUCUUACAGGUGUUUGGUCGUAGUAAAUCUGGUGGUGAGCCAACCUGGGCCUUAUUCCUGACCGCAGCCAUCUGUGAGAUCGGGAUCCUCAUCGCUUCACUGGAUGCAGUUGCCCCCAUUCUGUCAAUGUUUUUCUUGAUGUGUUACCUGUUUGUAAACCUGGCCUGUGCUGUCCAAACCCUUUUACGCACUCCAAAUUGGAGACCAAGAUUCAAGUUCUACCACUGGUCCCUUUCUUUCCUUGGGAUGAGCCUGAGUCUUUCCCUCAUGUUUGUCUCGUCUUGGUACUAUGCUUUGGUUGUUAUAUUGAUUGCCGGAUGCAUCUACAAAUACAUUGAAUACAGAGGGGCAGAGAAGGAAUGGGGAGAUGGUCUUCGAGGAUUAUCUCUGAAUGCAGCCCGUUAUGCCCUAAUAAAACUGGAGGAGGCGCAACCACACACUAAGAACUGGAGACCUCAGCUACUGGUGCUCAUGAAGUUGGAUACAGACUUGGCAGUAAAACAUCCCCGUCUGCUGUCCUUUACCUCUCAGCUGAAGGCUGGCAAAGGCUUGACCAUCGUCUGCUCAGUGCUGGAGGGAACAUACAUGGUUCGAGGAGCAGAUGCUAAACACGCUGAACAGAAUAUCAAAGCAGCCAUGGCGAAGGAGAAGACGAAGGGUUUUUGUCAUGUGGUGGUGUCCUCUAACCAGCGGGAUGGUUUUUCUCACCUCAUCCAGUCUGCAGGUCUGGGUGGCAUGAAGCACAAUGCGGUUCUGGUGGCCUGGCCGGCAAAUUGGAAACAGGCUGAGAGCUCCCUCUCCUGGAAAAACUUCAUUGAAACUGUCAGAGAGACGACGGCUGCCCACCAGGCUCUGUUAGUGGCCAAAAACGUCGAUACCUUUCCCUCAAACCAGGACCGUUUAGCUGAGGGGACCAUUGAUGUGUGGUGGAUUGUCCAUGAUGGAGGUCUGCUCAUGCUGCUUCCGUUUCUGCUCCGGCAACACAAGGUUUGGAGAAAGUGUAAGAUGAGGAUCUUCACGGUGGCUCAGAUGGACGACAACAGCAUUCAGAUGAAAAAAGACCUACAGAUGUUCUUGUACCACCUGCGUCUCGACGCUAAGGUGGAAGUUGUGGAAAUGAAUGCAGGCGAUAUCUCAGCCUUUACAUAUGAGAAGACUCUUGUGAUGGAACAACGCUCACAGAUGCUGAAGCAGAUGCAGCUUUCUAAGACUGAGCGGGAGCGAGAGAUUCAAAGCAUCUCGGAUGAAUCACGGAUUUCCAUCAGGAGGAAGCCCUGUGGGGAGAAACCAACUCACAACAGCAAGUUUAAAGUGCCAACUUUAAAUCUGGACGAGGAGGCUCAGCUGAUUCAUGACAAGAACACUAAGUCACAUGCCACUUUGGUUGAAAAGGCCACGCCCACUUCUGACCGGGUCCAUAUGACCUGGACCAAAGAAAAGCUGAUUGGAGAGAGAAACCGCCUUCGGGAUGCCAGCAUGCAUGUGCGGGACAUCUUCAACAUGAAACCAGAGUGGGAGAAUCUAGACCAGACUAAUGUGAGAAGAAUGCACACUGCUGUCAAGCUGAACGAGGUUGUAGUCAAGAAAUCCCAGGGAGCACAACUGGUGCUGCUGAACAUGCCAGGACCACCCAAAAAUAAGGGCGGCGAUGAAAACUAUAUGGAGUUUCUGGAGGUCCUCACUGAGGGAUUAGAUCACGUUCUGCUGGUCCGAGGAGGCGGCAGAGAGGUCAUCACCAUUUACUCAUAGCAUCUUGCUGGAACAGACACUGAGGAGAGUAUUUAUGUCCGGAGAUGCACACAAACUGUACAGAUUGGCUCAGGACAGGCAGUCUCAUUCCAGCUGCAGGCCAGCAUGGGACGUGGCACAUAUCAGGUGUAAACGGGGCCUUGGAUGCGCUCCUCCUUAUUAGUCAACAGAGACGAACCAAAGACUUUGAUUCAUUCAAUGAGACUUGAAGCGAGCGGCUUCGUUUGUGUUAUCGCUGAGUCAUUCGACUGCAUGGGACAGUGUUUCAAGUGUUUGUUCAAAUUGAUGUGUGGGAAACACUAGGGCUGGGUAACAAAUGUUAUGAAGUGAUAUCGAUUUUUAAAUCCCAAAAACUGUUCGUUUAGUUUUUGCUCUCACUUGAUGAAUUAAUCAAAGUUUGUCGUGUGCAAAAUCAUCCCAAUGCACAACUUUUUGUGUUCGCACACAGGCAUUUAAUUGGAUGCCUCAAAAGUAGCUACAAAAAUCUAGUCCAUACAGUAUUAUUAUUAUUAUUAUUUUUUUUAGGGAUUUUUCAACUGAAAUGGUAUAGUAUAGAUUGGAAAGCAUUGAACUCUGGUCACCGUGAGCACCGUGCUGUGUCUAUUUGCAUCAACAUCCAUAUACUAUUCUGAUGACAAAAUCCAGGCACUGAAAAAAAAAAACUGGAUAAAUGAAAGUUAAUCUUGUGCUGACCAUCAUGUACACUUAAGAGUGCCUGCUGAUUUUGAACAAGUUUUUAAAAAACAAUAUUUUUACAAAACAAUUUCUGAUUAAUUUCUUUUCUUUGAUGAUAGUACAAAAUAUUUUAAUAGUGAUUUAGUAAGAUUAAACUAGGUUAAUUAGGUUAACUAGGCAAGUUAGGUUAAUUACAGUAGGCAAGUCACUGGACGAUUAUAGGGGAACUUAUAAUAUUGACCUAAGCAGUUUUGUUUUUUUACAUAAAUGCAAACUUCUCCAGAAGGAAGAUAUACCAUAAAAUAUUGUGAGAAAUUUUCUUGUUCAGUUAAACAGUACUUUUACAAAAAUGUGUAAUAAUAGUUAAUAAUAUUGUCGCUAUACAUCAACACAGCAAUUGCAUUCGGAUCUGGACCAUAAUUGACUCAGUGAGAUGGUCGUAAUCUUCUUAAAAUCUCUGCAGUAGUUCGCUUGUGGUGAGAAACCCCAAAGACUAUAGAAUAGACAAGAUGUGUCACUUGUAUAGUUUUGAAUGGGGAAAAAGUGUAACGUCAAUAUGGUGAAUAAAGCCCCGCCUUCUAGUACAAGAGCCAAUCAACGAUUGCUAUAGACUGACAAUUCUCUGAGGGAGGGGCUCAGACCAGAGUUUCUGCAGGUUUUGUGUGACUCAAACAUUUAAAAAGGAAACCAAGAAGACAGUUGUUAUUUAGUUUUAUUGUUGUUUCCUAAAAUGAAAUUUAAUAGUAAGCUUGGCAAGCAAUUUCGAAGAGUUUGUUGUUUGCCCAUUCAAACAGAAGAGAGGCUUUUCAAAGAUGUCCACUGAGUGAAAUGACUUGCUUAAAGGGACUUUGGAAACCCAACAGGCUUUAUCACAAUGUAUGAAGAGUUAUUAUGUAAUUAUCAGUGUUUAUGUUUCUAAGGCCUCUCAGUAAGGUUCAAGGGAGCACAGACAAUGUGAAAUUCGUAAUUGCGAUGUGACUGGAAUUGUAUAUUUCAGAACAACUGAGCUAAGCAAAUGAUGUGCAGGUAUGACCAUUCCCUUAAAAGGAUAGUUCAACCAAAAAUGUGAAUUUACUCAUUGUUUACUCACCCUCAAGUGGAUCUAAACCUUGAUGAAUUUCUUUCUUCUGUUCAACCCAACAGAAGAUAUUUUGAAGAAAGAAGAAAACCUGUAACCAUUGACUUCCACAGUAGGAAAAACAAACACCAUGUACAAUGGCUAGAGGUUUCCAGCUUUCUUCAAAACAUCAUCUUUUGUGUUCAACAGAGAAAAGAAACUCAUAAUGGCUUGAAACAAGUAAAGGAUAACAGAAUUGUCAUUUCUUAAGUGAGCUAACCCUUUAAUGUCAUCAACUAAAAUUUAUGUAUACCUGCAUAAUAUUACAUUGUACUUACAGUGGAUCAGCAGUUUGGAAAAAUGGAUGGAUUGUUGAUUUAGAUGCGGUCACCAUCUUCUGCCAAGAUGCAAGAGUUGACACUGUAAAAAGCUUCACUUUCCAAAACAAAAACAGUAAACGUAUUGCCUUAAAAGCGAUAAAUUGGCCUUAAAUAAGAGACUAACCUGGAACUGUUAAGUUGACUUAUUUUUUUAAUUAUGUGCAUAGUUAAUGCACUUAAUAAUUCAAAGACAACAUGUUUACUCACUUUUAAAGUCAAGCAAUCACUUUUUACAGUGUAAUCAUUGAGUGUACUUUGAGUAGUUCACUCAUUUUUGUGGUGCAUUAUGAGUUCAUUUGAAAUUACCCACUAUGAUUUUAGACACCUCUACAAAUGCCUGCAUCAUCAUGUUGUGUCCUCCUUAUGGAUGUGAGUGAGAUUUCUGACCCGGCUAGAAUCAAACGUCCAUUUUCAACAAUAAAUGCUGCAUUGGCAACUCAUUAACAUGGCAUGUACAACUGGUUUUUGCAAACUUUUCUAGAAGUACUUUUUAGUUCUCUUUAAGUGUAUUCUCAUACAAUAAGUAUUCCCACACUUCAAGAGAACUAGAAAGUAUUUCUAGAAAAGUCUGCGAAAAACAGCUAACUCUUCUGCUUUACUAAGAUAAAGUAAAGAAAGGAGCAUCAGAAACUGUUUCGAAAUGCCCUAAUAUUAUGAAACUUUCUCAUGAAAUCACUCUGCCCAGUGUUUUAAUCUGGGAAAAGAGUCACUAAAGUAAGGUGUCAGGUAUGCUCAAACUCAUCCAUUGUCCUUAAACUUCUUAGAAAACUAGAAUGAUAAACAGUAAAGUUGGAGUGUUUUGCUAUAUAUACACGUUUGCACAUCUUUGUGUCUUAUUUAACCUAUUUUUAUAUUGUAUUUAUAUACAGUAUGUUUGAUUUGUUAUUCCACAUGACAGUGGAGAUCAUAUUUCAAAAACAUGUAUAGUAACCUAAUUAAGUCAUUAGGAUUUCUUAAGAAAAACAUCCUCAUAUUAUUUAAUAUGAAAAAGUUGCCUUAAAUAACCUUUCCUUUUAACAGUGCACCAAAUAGAGUACAGUUUACAACACCAGUAAGAUUGUUUUUACUUUACUUUCAGAAAAUUGUCGAUGUGCUGUACUUGACACAUGCAAUCAGAAUCAGAAUGUAUUCAAAAGCUUGUGAACUGAUUUUUUUACCAAAUCACGAAACUUGUGCCAAUACCCAGCCCUAAUAAAUGCAGCGUUUUCCAUCUCAACACAUUCUACUGCUGACAUUCAUGUAAUAUGUGAUGUUUGAUUUAUUAAUGUAAGUUUUGUUAUAAGUGUUGCUGACAUUGCAGUGAACCAUAUGGUUAAAAACAAAAACAAAAACACUUAGGAUUUAAUAUCACAUUUUUCGUUUCUGUAAAUGUUUUUCUUGAAGAUUAUGUAAAGUAUAAUGUCAGUUAAAGGCUCUUACAUUGUAAGUGUCCAUCAUUAAAUUCAAUUGAGAGUUCACAUAGUCUUAAAAGGUUCUAAAGGGACCUUGUGUUUUUUUUUAACAGUGAUUCAAAUUUUUUCUUGCUAAUAGUUCAAGAAACUUUGUUCAAAGGAAUGAUUCAAUGGAUAUUAAUGAUUCCACCGAUGUCAAUAAAGAACUUUUGUUUGUACAUGUA